UCGGCCUUCGCCAUCAUCCAAUCUUUUCUCUCCUUCUUCCUCACUCACUCACACCAUCUUUCACUCACACCAUCUCUCCCUCACUCACUCUCUACUCUUUCUCUAAGUACCAGACAACUUUCCUUUUCUUUAUUUCUCUCUCUCUCUCUCUCUCUCUCUCUCUCUCUCUCUCUCUCUCUCUCUCUAUCUCCAUCUCUCUCUCUUUUUUUUUCAUUUAUUUCUUCACGAUAUUAUAAUAUAAUAUUUAGUUUCGAGAAGGAAGUUAGAUAUUUUCUACUUAUUCUUCGUCUCGAUAAGUACAUUUUUUUAAAAACUGGCCUUGACUAAAUGGAUACCCUUCGAAUAUCUACCACUGCCUGGAUGUUGGCAUUAAUAAUAUUACACUUAGUAGACUUAACAAAAUGUUUUAAUUUGGAAGUGGAGAAUUUUUUUGUCCACAAAGGUGUGAAUGGGAGUAUGUUUGGAUAUUCUGUGGCUGUACAUAUUGACCAGGCAACAAGUUGGUUAUUAGUUGGUGCUCCAAAAGCUCAAACAGCACAGAAAAAUAUCCUGGCAGCAGGAGGUGUCUUUCGUUGCCGGACCGAUCGUCAGGAAUGUUAUAUACUUCCCUUUGAUACAUCAGGUAAUUCUGUAGAUCACAGAACUUUGGAGGUUGAGGAAAACAAAUCUGAGGAAUGGUUUGGCGCCAGCUUGGAAACUUCUGGAAAGAAUGGCGUGAUUGUCGCUUGUGCUCCCCGCUACAUGUAUUUCUUUGGAAGAGAUAAACGGGAGCCAAUUGGUAGAUGUAUUGUCAAAAAGCCUUCCUCACCGAAGUAUGAAACAUAUGCACCAUGUAAAAGAGACCGUUAUGCUACUGCUGUUGGUGAAUUUAAUGGUGAUGAUAUCCAAGAUUAUGUGGUUAGUGCUCCCAAGGCAGAUAGACAUUAUGGCAAGUUCUCAUAA